AUGUCUCAAAAGGACGAUAAUGAAAAAUCGGAGAUUGCUUCUUCUUCUUCUUCGUCGUCUAAUCUAAUACGUGUGAAGCGAUCACGAAAAGUUACAAAAUCUAUUGAUGAUAGACAAGAAAAAUCCGUCGCAGUGAAUCGUGUACCGAAAUGUGCUCGUUGCCGUAAUCAUGGUUGGAUCUCGGAAUUACGAGGUCAUAAGAAAAAUUGCUCAUAUAAAAAUUGCCGAUGCGCAAAAUGCGUCCUGAUAUUCGAACGACAACGUAUUAUGGCAGCGCAGGUCGCCCUUAAGCGUCAGCAAGCGGUCGAGGACGCUAUAGCUUUGCGUUUAGUAGCCUCAAAAACAGGACAACAAAUGACAACAUUGCCGCCGGGAAAUAUUUAUGGUUUAACUAAAGCUGCCACAACUGAUACAGGCAUAGCCGUGGCUGAAAGCUAUCAAACAGUGAAAGAUUUAAGUACAACAACAGGAAAACUUUUAGAAAAUCAUCAUGAAACAUUGAAAACACCAACAACACUAGCAAGAACAGAAAUGAAAUCUUCAUUAAACGCAAUGAUGAUGACAACUAAAGUUCCUCAAUCAGCAAUUGAAUUAUUGACACAAUUGUUUCCACAACGUAAACGUAAUGUAUUGGAAUUGAUUUUGAAACGUUGUGAUCUCGAUUUAAUUAAAGCCAUUGAAAAUAUUACGACAAUUAAGAAGCCCUUCGAAAAAUCGAUAGACGAUCAAACAAAGGAGGAGAACUUUGAAUUGCCGCGUAGUAGCGCAUUUAAGCCCGUUCACAGUUCAGUAUCGAAAAUGCACUUGAAGCCUGUAACGUCUCUAAGUGGUUCCGUGUGUUCCAGUUCUGCUGCUACGUAUCCUAAAUGGUUUGUACCAUUGACUUUUCCCAUAACGUUUCAGGGCCAUUUAGCACCUGUUCUUCCACCAACAACGACAACAACGUUGGCCCUGCAUUCAACGGAAUCUUCCAGUAACUUAAAUUGCUCGCUUCCAAAUUGCGUAUGCUUGGAUAGCUAUCAGUUGAAUCGCUCACAAUAA